AUGGGGAAGGCAGCGAAGCGGAAGCGAAAGGUCUCAGCACCCUUUGCAACCAAGGGCCCCGUGAAGUCAGCGAUCGCUGUGGUCAAGAGCAACCCCUUUGAGGUGAAGGUCAACAGGCAGAAGUUUAACAUCUUGGGGAGGAAGACCAAGAAUGAUGUGGGGCUGCCUGGUGUCUCACGGUCCAAGGCGAUCAAAAAGCGUACCCAGACAUUGCUGAAAGAAUAUAAAGAGAGGGAAAAGACAAAUGUGUUUAAAGAUAAACGUUUUGGUGAAUAUAACACCAAAAUAAGUCCAGAGGAAAAGAUGAUCAGACGAUUCACUUUGGAAAGACAGCAAAAUUAUGGAAAGAAGAACAUCUAUAAUCUUAAUGAAGAUGAGGAGUUGACUCAUUAUGGGCAAUCUUUGGCAGAAAUUGAAAAACUAAAUGAUAUUGUUGAUAGUGACAGUGACACAGAAGAAGGAGGAACACUAUCAGCUGAAUUAACUGCUGCUCACUUCGGAGGGGGUGGAGGUCUCCUUCGUAAAAAAGCGUCAAGUGAGCAACAAGGUGAAGAGGAGGAAAGACCUAAAUCUAGGAAGGAACUCAUAGAAGAGAUGAUAGCCAAAUCUAAACAAGAAAAGCAAGAAAGGCAAACUCGGAGAGAAAGUGCAUUAGAACUCACAGAAAAGCUUGACAAUGAGUGGAAGGAAAUCCAAACUCUUAUUGCCCGCAAAACUCCAAAGUCUGAGAGAAAGGACAAAGAAACAGAAAAACCCAAGCCUGAUGAAUAUGAUAUGAUUGUUCGAGAACUUGGAUUCGAGAUGAAAGCAAAACCUUCAGAAAGGAUGAAGACAGAAGAAGAAUUGGCAAAAGAGGAGCAGGCACGACUCCAGAAGCUGGAGGCCGAUCGGCUACGUCGAAUGCGUGGAAUAGAUGAGCAGGUGGAUAGAAAGAAACCCAGCCAUGUGUCAGCUGAUGAUCUAGCUGAUGGCUUCAUCCUGGAUAAAGAUGACAGACAGUUAUUGUCUUACAAGGAUGGAAAAAUUAAUAUUGAAAAUGAGGAGGAGGAGGAAGACAAGGAGGAAGAAGAUGAGGAUGAAAGUGGGAAGGAAGAUGAUGAAAAUGAAGAAGAAAGUGAGGAAGAAUCUGCUAAUGAAGAUGAGGAAGAUGUUGCUGUAGAUAGCCACUCUGAUCUUGAUUCUGACCUUGACAGUGAAGAAGAAGCUGCAGGGAAUAAAGAACAGAAGAAACUCAAGACAAAUGAAAUUGAAUCACAGAAUGUGGAGGAACUAGAUCAAAAAAUGAAAGAUGCCAAAUCAGAGCUCCCGUAUACAUUUACUGUUCCUGAGUCCUAUGAGACAUUUAAGUCUUUAUUGGCUGGGAGAACAACAGAACAACAGCUUAUUAUACUGGAGAGAAUUCAGAAGUGCAAUCAUCCAAGCCUUGCAGUGGGAAACAAAGCAAAGUUGGAAAAAUUGUUUGGCUUCCUUUUGGAGUAUAUUGGAGAGUUAGCAACUUUGGAUUUACCAGAGCUCAGAACAAUUGACAAACUGGUCCUGCCAUUGUACAAUCUUUGCCAGAUGUUUCCUGAGGCAGCCAGUGACAGGAUUAAGUUUAUCCUUCGAGACGCUGCACAUGAUAUGGAAGAAGUCGUUGAAGUCAAAGGUCGUGCAGCGUUUCCAGGCUUAGACAUGCUUAUUUAUUUGAAAAUUACAUCUCUGCUGUUUCCAACUUCUGACUUCUGGCAUCCGGUUGUAACGCCUGCUUUUAUCUACAUGAGUCAGCUACUUACUAAGUGUCGCAUCACAACAUUGCAAGAUGUUAUUAAAGGGUUAUUUAUAUGCUGUUUGUUCCUGGAAUAUGUAUCUUUCUCCAGAAGAUUUGUACCAGAGCUCAUCAAUUUUCUUCUUGGAGUACUUCACAUAUCUCUACCCAAAAAACAAGCCCAAGGCUAUACAGUAGUCCAUCCAUUUACACCAGUGGGGAAGAAUUUAGAACUGCUUCUGGUGUGUGAUAAGAAGGAUCUGGAAAGUUGGCAGAAACAAAGUCUGCCACUGAGUAUUGUGACUAGAUUAAAGGAAACCAGCAGAACAGAAAUGAAUCAUAUCAGGUUAUCAUGUCUAGCCCUAUGUUUUGACCUUAUAAAGAAAUGUGCAGUUCUGUAUGAGCCUUUAUCAUCAUUCCAUGAAAUAAUGCAUCCUAUCAGGGUUGUGCUUACACAACAUAUGCCAGUGGAUGAAUAUCCUGAAAAAAUGCAGGAAUGGUAUCACAGUGCUCUGAAAGAGCUGGAGAACAAAGUAAAACACUAUACCCCGCUGAUAUGUGAGAAAAAGAAGCCAAUGCCAUUGAAACAGUAUACACCUAAAAUUGUCAAAGUUUUAGAGUUUGGAAGAACACAGGGAGGCAGCAAGAAGGAGCAAGAGAGAAAGCAGCUGAUUCGGAAGCACAAGCGUGAACUUAAAGGAGCCAUUCGUGAGAUUCGGAAAGAUAACCAGUUUCUGGCUAGGAUGCAACUUAAAGAAAUCAUGGAGAGAGAUUCAAUCAGAAAAAGAAAAGUGAAAGAGCUGCUCGGUAGCCUUGCUACACAGGAAGGUGAAUGGAAAGCAAUGAAGAGGAAAAAAGGGAAGAAUUAA